CGGAUAUGCAGAUUCGUGCCUAUUCACAUGUUACAAUGAAGAGCCCUAGACAGCACCGAUGGAAUCACACCGAAUAUUUUUCAAAGCUAGAUAAGAUUUUCAAAGCUAGAUACGUAGGUAUCAACAUGAGUGUCGAAACCGAGGAGCAGAAUGAUGCAGACAGGCAGGGCAACAUCGAAAUGACCCUAGGAAAUUCAACUACUACGGCUUCACAUUUCACGCAUCAGGCGUCGGCAGCUGACAUGCAGGCUUUUGCUAGCCAAGACAAAAACCAACGGCAGAUAGAUGCGUUACGUAUGCCCUCUUUCUCUUUCUGCAACAUGCUUUCAAGUGACAUACACCCCUCCUCGGCGGUUGGUUACAUCUUUCUCCGCAAUGCGCCUGUCGUCCGUCGACUCGGCAAAAAGGCGUUUGUGUUUCGGCCUAGAAGCGAAGAAGAGUGACUAGUUUCCUAUACUUGCUGCAUACAUUGUAUGUAUUGUUCUAGUUUGGAGGGAGGGUCUUAUCUCGUCAUAAAGUUGGGUAGGAUGGGCGUAUUUGAAACGUGGUUUUGAAAAAUGUGGAAAAACAUAUCUGGGUGGUGUGAUAUAAGUGGCGUUGUUGAGAUGGGC